AUGCCGAUUAUUUCCUGGCGCCUCCUUUACUGGCCGAUUCGUCAGUUACUGUUUGGAAUUGUGUUUUUCUCCGGUUGUGUUACCAUUGUUUCUAUUCAAUGGCUCAUCCUAACAAUCAAUGGACGUCACACGCAAGAAUGGCUUGAUGAUUCGAAGCGAUGGUUCAUACAGCUCCUCACGUUUUGCACUUGCUGGUUUACGAGCGGGACGACAUUGAGGUUGGUCUUCAAAGACAGAGAGGCCAUGGCCAGAUACUACAAUGCGGGGCAAUUGCAGUUACCACGUCGGGCAAUUGUCAUUGCCAACCAUCAAAUGUACACCGACUGGCUGUACAUCUGGUAUUUGGCAUAUAGAAAUGUUGGCGAUAUGGGAGCACAUAUUUACAUCAUUAUGAAGGAGUCAUUAAAGAAGUUGCCUAUUUUGGGUUACGGAAUGAUCAACUAUUCCUUUGUAUUUCUUGCCCGUAAUUGGCAAAGGGACGCAGAAAAGAUGGCCUGUCAAUUCAACGAAACCAGCAAACGUGAUUCCUUUUGGAUGCUGAUCUUCCCCGAAGGCACCAAUAUGUCACAUAACAACCGUGAAAAAUCACACCAAUGGGCACGGAAAACUAACAAGCCAAUCUGGAAUGGGGUAUUGUUACCACGCGUUAAGGGACUACAGUUGGCAGUUAAAGAGAUGGGUAACCAAGUCAUCACGCUGACAAUGGGGUAUAAGGGGUGUUCGCUUGAUAGGAUGGCCCAGGAUGUCUUUAACGUUGUCCAGCUGUACAUUUGGGGGAACCAGCCGCCGCUGGUCUCGAUACUAAUAGACGUUCAAACUAUAGACAGGGAGGUGGAGCCCUGGAUAGAGUCCCAUUGGCAAGAAAAGGAAAAUGAAAUGUUGCACUAUUAUUCCAAUGGUGACUUUGACGGGGUUUACGUGGAUGUUCCUCUUGUUGUUGGUGACAAACUUGUCCACAUUCUCCUCUUGGGGGCCUUGCUCUCUUCCUUGGUUGCCAUUUACUAUAAGUACUUGGUCAACGUAUGA